AUGGCGGAAGUGCACGCCCUCAUGGGAGUCUCCCGCUCCAAAGAUGACGUAUUCCCCAUGUUCUCUAAGCACAUUUUGCGAGUUGAGAUUUCUGGUCCGAACGAAGAUCAUCUGAGUGUGAUUGAUGUUCCGGGUACAGUUCUUCCGAAAAGCGGUGUCACCGCCUGCACUCUUUGA